AUGGCGGAAAAGAAGUUUUUGAUGUCCCAAUUGACAAAUCAUUUAAGGGAAGAUCGCAUUCAGCUUUGGAAAUCUCCUUACACCAAUGAAAAUCAAGAGGCUGGUCCAGAGAUAAAAGAACUGUCUCUGAAAUAUGCAGAAAAGCUGAAGCACAGUGUGGAUGACAUAGCCAGUGCAUUGGAAGAAAUUCGCUGCUCUGCAAUACAACGUGGAAGUGGAAAUCAGGCUUUUAAAGCUAAAGGAUUGGCUUCACUGCAGGUCUUCCUGCCACGCAAGCUUAACAAAGGAUCCAGGAACUACAUUGAAACCUGUCUGUCUGUAACAGGGAAGGAACUGAAGUGUCAAAUAGCACAAACAUAUGGAUUACAAGAGAGUUGCAUAAAAAUUAUUUCUAACAAGAAACAGCUUGAAACUGCUAAAACUCUGCAAGAACAAGGAGUUGGUCACAAUUCCAAGGUUUUGGUCCUUGAAUUCAGCUACACAGAGGAAGAGGCAAGGAAGAGGGUCCACAAUGAGGAGAAGGAACGAGAAGAGGAGGCACAGAAGCAGGAGAGUGUGAAGAAGAAGAUGAUGCGUACAAAACGAGGGCUGGAAAUCCUGGCAGAUCGGGGUGAGAGCUUGGAUCCAGAUACAGUACCAUACCUGGAAAUUGCAAAUCAAACAGGACGCUCAAUCAAUAUGCCUAAAGCUGCGAAAAAGGCUCUCAUGCUGGCGAUGGGCUAUCAUGAACGGGGAAGAGCAUUCUUGAAGAGAACAGAGUAUGCUUUAGCACUGCCGUUCCUGCUGGAUGCAGACAAGCACUUCUGUGAAUGUGGGACAGAACUGCUGGAUUCUGUGGAUAAUUAUGCUGUACUGCAGCUUGACAUUGUAUGGUGUUACUUUCGCCUGGGUCAGUUAGACUGCUUGGAUGAUGCAGACUCAAAACUAAAUAUGUCCCAGAGGUGCUUCAAUAGAUGCUAUGGAGAGAAUCAUGAGAGACUUGUCAACAUAAAGGGCAGCUACGGGAGAGAGAAAGUUUUAUUUCUAAGACUCAAUCUUCUGCAAGGAAUAGUAAAUUACCACAAUGGAAGAGCCAACGAAGCAUCAGAAAAACUAUCAGAGGCUAGUCGAUUGUAUAAUGAGCUCUCCAUUGACCCAGCAAAAGUAGAGACCUUAUUACAGUUGGGGUGCUCAGCUCAAGAGGCACGCUUGGCACUGCGGGCAUGUGACGGGAAUGUGGAACAUGCUGCUAACCAUAUUUCAUGUAAACGAGAGGAAAAGGCAGAGAUUAAAAAAGAAGAGAGAGAGAAGAAAAGAAAACGACUGGACAAGAUCAAUACUCUGCGCGGGAUGGGGUAUUCUGAGAGACUGCUGCUGCAGAGGCCUUAAGUCAGGCCGGUGGGAAACAUUGACCGGGCAGUCCAGAUACUCCUAGAUAAUCCAGAGCGUUUAAUUCUACAUGGCAAUCCAGCUGGCAGCAGCUCGUACAGUGUUCCUCAGCAGAGCAUCGAUCAGCUGGUGUAUAUUGGUUUCACUCCCGAGGCAGCUAAGGCAGCUCUCCAAUUAUUCCAAGGUAACACUGAACUGGCCGCUCAGAUGUUGACUCACAACCUAGGAGUUCUCCCUCCUCAACUCCUGCAAGAGCUGGAAACCUCUUCAUCAGCACCCGAGCCUAGCUCCUCGACCUCAGAAUCUGCAGGGACAAGCUCAUCAGGCAACAUCAACACUGUUGAGCCAGACAUCGACCCUGUGAAGGAGAUCCUGGAUGAUAUCCCUGAACACGAGGAGGACUAUCUGGAUUUAACAUUAGAGGAGGAAGGACGCAUUCUUGUUGAGUAUGUUUCCUACCUAGAGAAGCUGUAG